GAGGGAGUCAGGCGGGCGGGGGGCGCGCGCUUGCCCGCCAUGUUCGCCGAGAUGAACCGCAGGACCUUGGCGUUCCGGGGGGGAGGCCUGGUCAGCGCCGCCAGCGCAGGAGGAGGAGGCAGCGGCGGCCCGACAGCUAACGGCAGCAGUGACCCGGGCGAGGCCUGGGUCCGCCAGGAGGCAGAACAGCUGAACGGCCAGGGGGUGGAGGAGGAAGUGGAGCUGGAGACGGUGGAGCUGGAGGUGGCAGCGCUGGAGGCCCCGGACGCCGCCGGGAAAGAGCUCUUGCUCUUGCCCACUGCUCCCGCCGCCCCGAUGUUCGCCGAGAAGAACCGCCGGACCUUGGCUUUCCGCGGUGGGGGCUCGUCGUCGGCGAACAAUGGCUGCGAGGUGGCGGCGGGGGCGGCCUGGCCGCGUCGGCCGCUGAACGGGCGGGGUGGGGGUGCGGAGGAGGAGGAGUUGGAGCUGGAGGGCUUGCUGGAGGGGAAGGAGCUGGUGCAGGACGGGGGGUCGUUGAGCGACAGCACCGAGGACGAGGAGGACGGCGAGGGAGGCAGCCUGGGCGAUGGCAGCGGCGCCGAGGGCGGCAGCUGCAGCAGCAGCAGGCGGUCCGGGGGGGACGAGGCGGAGGUCAGCAGCGUGGGCGCGGGGGAGGGGGAGAGCAUCCAGCACUUCCCGCUGGCGGCCCGGCCCAAGUCCCUGCUGCAGAAGCUGCACGUCUCCUUCCAGGGCGCCUGGCUCAAGGAGUUUCCCUGGCUGCAGUAUUGCCAGCAGACAGGGCUCAUGUCCUGCGCCUGGUGCGCCUCCCCCACCGCUGUCUCUGCGGACGGUGGCAACAAUAACAGCAGCAAUAGUGGGGGCCACGACGAGCUUUGCAAGGGCACCCGCAACUACAAACGAGCCCUACUUCUCAGGCAUCAUCAUUCGGCUGAACACCGACUCAACGAGCCUGUCACCGCCGAGCAGGAAUCAGAAAGACCAUCAGAACUGGCUAAUGAAAGAGACUGUGAUUACAAUGUUAGGCCAAAUGAGAACUCUUACUGCUAUCAACUCCUGCAAGAAUUAAAUGAGCAGAGAAAGAAGGGCAUUCUCUGUGAUGUCAAUAUUGUGGUGAGUGGAAGAGUCUUCAGAGCUCACAAAAAUAUCCUGGUUGCAGGCAGCCGUUUCUUCAAAACUUUGUAUUGCUUUACAAACAAAGAAAGCCGUAACCAAACCACUGUUACCUAUUUAGAUGUUGUUGCUGUUCAAGGAUUUUCUGUCAUCUUGGACUUCUUAUAUUCUGGUAAUCUUGUGCUUACAAGCCAGAAUGCUAUUGAAGUAAUGUCAGUUGCCAGCUACCUUCAGAUGACAGAGGUUGUCCAAUCCUGUCGAAAUUUCAUCAAAGAUGCCUUAAAUAUAAGCAUUAAAUCAGAAGCUCCAGAAGCUGUAGUUGUGGAUUACAAUAGAAGGUCGGUUAGUAGGGAUGGAUUGUCAUCAAGGGAUCAGAAAGUUGCUAGUUUUUGGGCAACAAGAAAUCUUACUAACUUGGCAAGUAGUAUAAAAACUGAGAAUGAUGGCUACUGCAUUGAUGAAGGCCAGUCUGAAAACUACCAAAUCAAUGAUUGGGUCCAGGACAGCUCUCCUGAAAUGGCUGAAAAUGAGUCUCAGGGCGAAGGGAAAGUCUUUGUUUGGAAUGAUAUGAGUUCACAAGGACAGUUUUUUCAAGAACCUGGGAAAACAAGAAGGAAAAACCAAACUACAAAAAGGUUUGUUUACAACGUACCACCCAAUAAUGAAGAAACAUUAGAAGAACACUCAGCAGCUCAAGCAUCAGUCCAGUACCCAGAAGAAGACCUACAGUUCAUUAAAGAAGAAGCAGGUACUUCUAAUGAUUUCAAGUUUGGAAUGUUUCCUGCUAUCUCAAAUGAUUUCAAGUUUGGAUUGUUGCCAGGUACUUCAAAUGAUUUCAAAUAUGGAUUGUUACCUGAAUCUUGGCCAAAGGAAACCUGGGAAAAUGGUGACUCAUCCUUAAUCAUGAACAAACUGAAGUGUCCACACUGUAACUACGUAGCCAAAUACAGAAGAACACUAAAGAGACACUUGCUCAUUCAUACAGGAGUGAGAUCUUUCAGCUGUGAUAUUUGUGGAAAGCUGUUUACUCGUAGAGAGCAUGUGAAGAGACAUUCCUUGGUUCACAAAAAGGAUAAAAAGUACAAAUGUAUGGUAUGCAAGAAGAUAUUCAUGCUAGCAGCCAGUGUUGGAAUAAGACAUGGAUCUCGACGUUACGGUGUUUGUGUUGACUGUGCAGAUAAAUCUCAAUCAGGAGGGCAAGAGGGAGUAGACCAGGUUCAGGACACAGAUUUUCCAAGAGAUGAAGAGUUUGAGGAAAAUGAAGUAGGAGAGGCUGAUGAAGAACUGCCCGAUGAUGUGGAAGAACAAAAUGACCAGACCCGAUGGGAUGAAUCUGGGGAAAUCUGUGUGCCUUUAGAAGACUGAUAGGGCAUAAUGGCCUUCUGAAUGCUUUAUUUGGACAUCAUAUGGAUUGACCAUGUAGAUUUCUUGACUGAAGGCUUGGAAACAUGGUACAGGCUGGAUGGAAGUUACAUUGCUGUGAAAAUUGUAGGGUCAAAGCCUUAUAGCAAAAAAGGAUUAUUAAUUUUUUAAAGAUAUUUGCACAGGACUGUAUAGCAUACAGCCAUUGGGUUGGAUUAUAGAGUCCUCACAUCUACAGUCAAUUAUCAAAAGAAAAAAUGUAUUUUUAUUAUUUAUAGGAUAUAGCUAUUUGGUUCCUAUUAAAGCAUAGUAAAAACUGUGCUUGUGUUACACAUUCAUGUGUCCUUUAACAUGAAUGAAGCAAAUUGCAAUCUUGUUUAGAAAUACAGAGAUGGCUCCCUCAGAUCCAAUCAUAGUUCACGAACAAAUGUGGCUGAUUUGGACUAGUGACUUCUGUUUCCUGAAAGUGGGCUUUGCCACACAUCCCUUGCCUCCCCCUCAAAAUAUCAGCAUCUUGAUGAAACUGAUCUAUGUUACCUGGCUGUUGGUCAGGAAGUGGUUUCUCUUCCAGCUCCUGGAGAAUUUAAUCAAUGAUAUUUAAUUUACUAAUUUCCUUGGUUUUGAUAUUGUGAGUUUGCAAAAAGCUACUACUUUUGCACCAAAUACACAAUAAUGACUUAGAUUACAAGGAGGGUUGUGAUUGGAAUGAAAGUAAUUUUCUCCUUGCCACUUAAAUAUUUUAUAUUAGACACUUUCUGGCAUGGCUACCCAUGUUAUUAAUUUAUGUUAUGUUAGCACUAUUCCUAUUGGGUUAUCCUUUUUAUUCACUACUGUAUACCUCAGUCCAUCACAAAGCUUAGAGUCCUAGAUUCUGAGGAAGAGUGUCAUAGAAAAGUAAAUGUCAUCAGACUUUUAAAAAUUUGAUUUAAAUAGUUCAACCUCAGUUGUUUGCUUUUGCCUAGUUCUGUUAUGUGGAAAAAAAUAGACAAGGCUGUCUCUUUUUUUUCUUGUGCCCCAUUGCUCUUCAUUAAAGUGAACACAAAAUAAGCCGUUGCUUCUCUCCUACUUUGGGGGUUCUUUUAUAUACCAAACAAAUUAACAUUAACUUGGCAGCUUUAUUUGCUGGAACCUUUUUCAAAAUAAUCUUGGUAUUUGUUAGUAUAAUUGAUAGACCUAUUUAUCCCCAACGCUCUUUGCUUGUUUUUGGAUGAGAUGUUGAAACUUGAAUUUUUGUAGCCAUAAAUCUUUUCUAAACUUGUUAUAUUGUACCAAUGAUUUCAGGCCUUUUUUCUGAGGGAAGGGAGGGUAUUGCACCUUUUUAUGCUUAGAAUUCUCAACUUCAUCUAGUCUGAAUGCAAAUGAACUACUUGAACUUGAGUCAUUGCGUUCAAUAUACUAUGUCACAAUGAAUAAAUAUGCACAGCAUUUAUCAUAACACAGCUAGGCCAGUGUGACAGUACUGUAUAAUAAUUUGAGGGGGCACCAUAUUUGAGUUUUAACUUUAAAAUGAGUAUAUUUUCCUAUUUUAUAUUGGUAACUAAAUUAUGGUAGUUGUGUGGUAAACUUAAUUGCUUUGACAGAUAGAAUCUUAAUGGUGCUCAUCUGAUCAAAGUUGAUAUUAUAUAUAUAUAUAUAUAUUAUAUUAUAUUUAAAGAGACAGCUUUAUUAUCCCUUAUUUCAUUACAACAAUGGCUUAAUGUUAGACACUGUUUCUGCAGGAUGAAACAGAGAUACUGAAUUAUAUGGGUAUUAAAUUGUAACCUUUUCUAUCCAAAUGCUUCAUUGGUAGAUUCCACAUCACUGUAAACGUGACAGCUGGGUAGUUCUUGGGUCUUUUUAAAAAAAACUGAAUACAUCUUAUUCUCGUUCUAGAAUGAAAUGAGUAAUGUGUAAUUCUGGUGGGGUCCAAAGUAGAAAAUAGUGGGGAAAGAUAAUAUGAAUGGGAAGUAUUUUAAACGUUAAGUAAAUGUUCUGCUCUGUGAAUAUGUAAGUUAUAGUAUAAAGGUUCUUCCACCCCAUUCCCCCCCUUAAAAUAGUUUGAUUGGUAGACCUGCCUAUCUAUAUCUAUAUAUAUCUAUACAGAUAUAUAUAAAAAUCUGAAAUUCACCUAAAUCUGCUUUAUUAGAAUAUACUGCUCUGAUGCUUAAACUGGACCUGGCUUUACAUUCUUAAUGUAUUUUACUUUUUCUCUUGAAACUGAAUCUCCUUUUGCUACUUAAAUCAUUUAUGUAUAUCUGGUAAAUUAUGACCAAAUUUGUUGUUAGAUUGCAUACAGUAAAUUGAAAUAUACACUUGGUACACUACAGAA